AUGACUGAAUACAUCGAAAAGGACGUUAUGAUGUCAUUGAGAAAUUUCAAAAAUUUGGUUGCAAAUUUUCUUAAAUUAGACAAUACUAUGAAAAUAGGGAAAAAAGGCGAAUUGGAUAUGAGUGAACUUUGUGAAAGAUUUCGCGCAACUAUGCGGAAAGAUGUAAAUUUCAAAGAAUUAUCCAUUCAAAUGGGAAAAAAAAAAGAAGUGGAAGCCAAAAGCAACGAUUGCAAAAAGAAGAAUAGAAGGAAGGAUGAGAUUAAAUCACCAGAACAAGAGCCGCUUUGGUUUCGAUCAUCUGUGAAACAGAUUACCUGUGACGAUAAAUAA